AUGAUAAAAAAUAAUAAAAAUAUUUUAUUAUUAAUUUUAUUUUUUAAUAUAAAAUUAAUAAUUUGUUCAACAGUAACAUUUAAUAAUAGUAUAAUAUCACAAUGUACAAAUAAUAAUCCAUGCGAUUUAUCUAUCAGUUCGUCCUGGGAAAACAAUCAAGUUCCGAUCAAUGGUGAUGAUGUUUUAAUUGACCUUUCAAAUUUUGCAGUAAACUAUAAUAUAUACUUAAUUGCAAAUAAUUUUAAUGUAGAAUUAAAUUCAUUUUAUUUAUAUGGCCAACAAAAAGGUAGAUCGUACCAGGGUGCUACCCAUUUAACAAUAAAUAAUUCAAAUUUAACCGUAUCAGAUCAAUUUAAUAUCCAAGGUUCAGUUUUAAAUAUCAACGAAACAGAAGUGUACAAUAGAAUAUCAAUAAACAGUUUCAUUUCAAAUCAAACAUAUGUAACAUUAAAUGGAAACUCAAAUAUCGAGUGUAAUACCAUAGAAAUGGAUGGAGAAAAUUUUAAUAUCAAUGGAGAUUCAAUGUUUACUGUAAAUGGAGCUGCAAAUUUCGAAUUAUACGUUUACCAUCAAAGUAAUCAAUUGUUCAAAACUAUGGGCACCACUUAUUUUUCAAAUCCAUUUCAAUCAAAUAGUACCGUACAAUUCGAUGGUCAAACUGUUUUUUCAUCCUCAUCUACAAUGAAUACAGUCUUUUCUAGUGGCCAAAUAAGUAUCAUAAAUGGUUAUUCAGUUGACAUUAAUGAUUAUAUUCAAGGAAGUGAAUCGGCAUUUAUUGCAUUAUCCCAAGGCUCAUCUCUUCGUUUACAAGGUUCAAUUAAUAGUCAUUUGUUUUUAAAUAAUGAAAUUCUUUUAGCAGACAAUAGCUUGUUGUUAAUCAAAUCAGGCUUUACUAUUUCAAAUAUAAGUACCCUGAUGAAUGGGACAAUCUAUAUUAAUGACUCUGCAUUCCCAACAACUAUUUUAGAUGUAAACCAGACCAAUUUAAAUAUAAUAACACAAAGUAAUCUUACUAUAACUUCAUCAACAUUAAACCAAGUAACCGUUGUAAUGGAUAGUUUAAUAUUGAACAUCCAAAAUGUUUCAAUCUUUACCUCUCUUAAUAGUCAAGGCCAAUUGAAUAUAGAGCCAGGUGCAUCACUUACACUUUUAAACUCAUCAUCGUCAUAUUCCACUGUAGAUAUAUUUGGUAGUUUAACCGUUCAAGAUUAUUUAUAUGCCCAUGCUAUUAAUAUUGACACAAGUGGUUCUCUAUAUUGCUAUGGACAAGUUGAUGCCCCAGUCAAUACCGAAUCAGGUUCCAUUUUUUAUAAACAAUCAACUACAGCUAGAUCAAUUGAUAUUCAAAAAUCAGGAACUUUGUCAUUAAAUAAUACAGAGCUAUAUAUCAAAGAUAAUUUCACCAUGGGUCCAAAAUCAUUAUUACAAUUCAGUUCUGUAGGUCUAAACAAUGGUUUUGCACUUAUCGAAGUUGGUGGUUACACAAAUAUUCAGGGUCCAAUUUCUAUAACAAUUAGAUUCAAGAAGGGUCUCAUUAGUACAGAAAACAAUGACGAGAUUUUCUUAUUCUCUACAAACUUCUUUCUACCAAAUGUUAUUAAUUUUACUUCCAGCGAUAUUGUUUUUAUAACAGAUGCCGGAGGAGCCUCUUUUGAUUAUAAAAUUGUCAACUCUGAUAAUGGUGAUAUUAGUUUAGUAUUUAACAAGAACUCUGGCUUUGCAUCAUGGAAAGUUUCAGUAAUUAUUUUUUCAGUUGUUGGGGCUAUUAUAAUUUUCUGUCUUUUAGUAUUCUAUUUUAAGAGAAGAGGUUCUUAUACCAGUAUUGGCAGCGGUAGUGAUGGUCAUCACCACCACAGCCAUCAUCAUCAUUAUAGCUCUAGUAGUCACCAUCACUAUAACUCCUCAGACAACAGUAGUAGUUUUAGCAAUCAUACUGAUAAUAGCCAUCAUCACCAUCACCAUCACCAUGGACAUCAUUAA